AUGAACUCAACAGGCUGUGUCAUUGAAGCAAAUCCUGAUGUAUCUGGAGUUGGUAUUCGCAUAUCUAUCUACACCCUCUGCCUGGGUGGAUCGGUAGUAAGCUACCUACUCCGUGUCUUGUCACCAGGCGAAGACCAAGAGGAGUUCUCGCGUGGUGUAUCCUCCGCGCUCGGCAUGCAAGGUCUAGCUCUCCUCUGCACAGCAAUCUACCAAACCUUCAAGGGUGAUCUGACGCUCUUCCACGCGAUAUGUGUCAUACACCUUCUUGCCAUCUUAGGCAUGGAUCUAGUCAACAAGGGCCGAUAUGCAGGCUUUGGCCCUUGGCGACUAUAUUUCUUUGCUUUUCUUCAGAUCCUAGCUCUGGGGGCCUUCGCCGCUUUCAACAUUUAUGUCUGGGUAACCGCGCCGCAUUUUGGAAGCCAGCCCAAGUGCAAUGCUAGCACUGUGUAUGUUGUGUUUGGCAUCAACAUUAACGCCGUAUCACCCGUCUUCCGCUAUAUCAUUCUUGGGACCCUGGGUCUGGUGGUCGCGAGUUAUGCCAUUGGCUUCACGUGCUUGCUACCGUGUCUGUGCGGAUACUAUCGAUAUCGCAAGCGACAUCCCUCGAGCGGAGACAGAAUCGAGGGGCAAAAGAGAGGAUGGCUCAAUUGGUUUAUGGAGGUCAAUUCUCCUGUGUAUCAGAGGAACAGAGACCCACCGGAGAGGCUGCACGGUCAAGCACUGUUGAAAUACACUCUGAACAGGGUCGCUUACUGCGCCUUUUGUGUAUACUUGAUUGUUUCUUUGGAGCAGACCAUCCGGCGGAAUGAUCUUGACCCUGAAGAAAAGGGGUGGACCUUCGGCCAGGUGAUUGCGAUUUUCUUGUUGUUGGGUGUCGCGAACGAGCUCCUCAACGUUUUCCUUGCAAGUUGGGACAGAAGGCAGGGUGAAGGAUCGUCGCAGCUGGAAUUGAGACCGAGUGCAGGAGACUCGGGAUCCUCGUUGCCCUGA